GUACGAUCCGAGGGCAUCCUGUAUGAACAUAUACUUGGAUUUCUUGGACUGGCAGCACUUGAGUUAUUAUUAUUAUUUGGUGGAAUUCGAUCAGGAAUAUUGGACUUCGCAAACUUAAAGGCAAUUAUUUAUUUCCCAUUUUUGCUUCAUUCGACGUCAUGGCUGAUUCUAGCUUCCCUUCCCCACCAGAGUCUUUCUGUCCACUGUGUAUGGAUGCGCUGAGAGACCCGGUGACCAUUCCCUGCGGCGACAUUUACUGCCUUGAGUGUAUCAAAAUCUACUGGGAUCAAUUUGACCACAUGGGUGUGUACAGCUGCCCUCAGUGCCGUGCAACCUUCACGCCACGGCCAGUCCUGAGACGUAACCUGCCAGAUGUUCAGCAUCAGCCGCGCCAGCUUCCAGAGCUCACUCCCUUUCCCUAUAUGCACCGCGACUCCUACUGUGAUUUCUGCGUCGGCCGUCGCAACAAGGCCGUCAAGUCUUGUCUUAUGUGCUUGGCUUACUACUGUGAAACUCACGUCAAGCCUCAUUAUGAGUCAUCUACGUUCAAGAGGCACAAGCUUGUGGAUGAGACGGGGCACCUGGACAGGAAGAUCUGCCCCCAACACGAGAAAGGCCUGGAGCUGUUCUGUCGCUCUGACCAGAUGUGCAUCUGCGUGUUGUGUACAGUUAGGGAACACCGCAGCCACAACAUUACCUCCGCUGAAGAAGAGCGCAUUGAGAAACAAAAAGUGCUGGUGGUCACACAGUCUGAGGUCCAGCACAUCAUUUCAGAGAGGAUGAAGGAGCUGCAGGAACUCAAGCACAAUGUAGACGUACUGAAAAAUGCUGCACACCGAGCGCAAACAGAAAGCGAUAAGACGUUCCAUGAAAUGCUUCAGGCAGUUGAGCGCUGGAAAGCUGAAAUCAGUCAGAUGAUAAUGGCCAACAUGCAAGCAGCAAUGUCACAGGCUGAGGGCUACGUAGAGCGCCUGGAGCAGGAGAUAAUGGAGCUGCAGCGGCGGGACGCCGAGCUAAGACAGAUCCUUGAGACGGAGGACAACAUUCACUUUCUGCAGAAUUUUCCAACCCUCUGUGUCCCACCUGAAGCCAUGGUACCCAAAGUGCUCAUCAACCCUCAGUUCUCCUUUGGAGAGAUAAGCAAAACAGCCACAGAUAUGAAAGAAAAUCUGGACGACAUCUGCAAAAAGGAACUGAGCAAAAUCUCCAAAACAGUUAGUGAAACUCCUGUCUACAUACUUUUGCCAAGAAAUGGAGACAAACGGCUCAAAGUCCCCUCCAGGAAGGAUUUUCAGGAGCCAAGAACUAGAGCAGACUUCUUGAGAUAUUCCAGCAAGAUGUCCUUUGAUCCAAACACAGCCUACAAAGAGCUGGUCUUGUCUGACGGGAAUCAGAGGGUCACGCGGAAGAAGACGAUCCAGUUUUACCCGGAUCAUCCAGAGCGCUUUGAUGGCUUCUCCCAAGUGCUGUGCAAGGAGCCUCUGUCUGGGUUCAGAUUUUACUGGGAGGCAGAGUGGAGCGGGGAGUUCUCCGUAGGGGUGGCCUACAAGAGUAUCAGCCGCAAGGGCAAGAACUCACGCAGCCUACUCGGCUACAAUGACAAGUCGUGGAGCGUCCUCUGCUCGGAAUCAGGCUACUCGGCCUGGCACAACACGGUGGACGUAGACCUCCCCGAGGCUCCCAGGACAACGCGCAUAGGCGUGUACUUGGACUUUGCCGGCAACACUAUAAGCUUUUAUUCUGCGUCAGAAGCAAUGCAGCUCAUACACAGAUUCAAGGCUCAGUUCACGGAGCCAUUGUAUGCUGGUUUUGGUGUUGGCUCCUCAGUAAGCCUCUGUCAGCUGAGGCAGAACACCAUGCCUUACUCUUAAGAAAACAAGACAAUAACCCAGUUUGAUACACAACUCACACACUUUGAUCAUUGGCACACAGUUCAUGGGUUAAAGGAAUGAAUAUGAACAAUUUUUCUUCAUAUAUAAUGAUUUAUCAGAACAAAUAUUGUUUAUUUUGACUCAUUUCAUCAACUUUUUUUCGUAGUCUAACAUACAAUGUUAAAGGAGCUUGAGGCUCCUUUUAAGAAAUGAGACUCUCUAGCGCCACCCUUCACCACGACGGCCGUUGGGGGUACUGCAGCCAACAGUGAAGCCGGCACGAGAGAACGGGGAGAACGUGCAUGCAGCGUCACGUCACAUCCGCAGCCCAGCGCGGGAAAUUCGGGACCAAAUUGCAGCACAUUUUGCAGCACACAGCCUGUUCAAGGCAAAGGAGAGAUACACUAGAGGGCUCAUUCUUUUGGGUUUGGAACGCUUCAUCUGACAUUAUUACUAGAAAAUUUAAAAUGUAUACGGAUUUUUUUCAUAAAUCUUGCCACAAUCCGGCCUCAAGCUCCUUUGAAGUAAAUACUUUCAGCCAAUCAUGAAAUAUGAUUUUAAUUCAAGUGUUGUUCUUGUGCAUGUUUCAACUUUGUUAUUAAAAGGAAUAGCUCCACGCUAGCGUGAGGAGCGACUCCAUCAAAUUCUCAAGGAUUAUUACCUAGAAGACCACAGAUGUUUAAUGAAUCUUCCAAUUCAACUGGAAAAUAUUUAUUUUUUAGAGAAUUUUCUCAGUUUCGGUCGGUGCUGGGCUUUACAUAAGAAGGAACUCUACACCGAGUAUUGAAAAAAGGAAAAAAGUGGGAAAAAAAAGGGGGGAGGUUGAAAAAAAAGUAUUACGAUAUCCUGAUAAUGAGUCACUCAGUGCGUUUACAUGCACAUCUAAAUUAAGCUAUUGGUAUCAAUCUAUCUAAGGAUGAAAUUGGAGGUUCAGAGAAAUCCAAGUAUACAUGCGUGAGAAGACAAAUUAACUAUUGAGUGAAGUGCGUUCGACUCCGCGACACUAGGUGGCGCCACACUUUCACGCUUUCAUUCAUGCUUUCAUGCUGGCAUUUUUUCGGUACAAUUAGUAAACAAGCACGAAGGAGGACAACAGCAUGCGAAAAAAUGGAAGCUAAUGAUGCAGCAGCUCUGUAAAUUUUGUACAUACUAAGCCUGAUCAUGGUGCAUGUAAGAUGGAUGCAAGGUCUCCCUCUUCUUCUUCUGUUACGUGUUGUCGUGAUGUCAUGACUGUUAUUAUUCCAACUUCCGGAAGGGGGAGCCUCGGUGCAGUCAGUAGUUCGGCUAAGCAUGGGUUCCAUAUACAUGCCUAAAUAAUUCGGAUUAGGACACAUUAUGUGGCUCUAAUAGCUCGAUCUCAAGAGCUCCAGUUUGGCCCGGCUAAGGUGUAUACUUGGCUUUUAGAAAUUCAAAAUCGAUCGGAUUAAGGCAACAAUUCCACUUUCCGUUAGUGCAUGUAAACCUACUGAUUGUAGUAGUAAUUUAACCAUUUACAUAGCCCUUACUUUGUAAAGUACCUCUGACUUUGGCAAGGGAAGGCAAUGCAUGUUAUUCAUAUAGCACAUUCCACAUACAAGACACCUCAACAUGCUUUACAUGAAAAGAUUUUUAAAAUGCAUUAAAAAGUAAAGCUUCUAAAAGCAGAAAUUAAAGAUAGAAAUAACUUAAAAUGAUUAAACCAAUGAUAAGGUUUCAGUGCAUUAUGGUGUAUUCUGCCUAACUCUUACUCACUCUAUGCUCAUGUUGUUUUUUUUAAGCUGACACUUUCUUUACAAUAAAGCUAGUUGUAUGAAUGAAAGUGCAACUGUUUAUAUUCUUCCAGUAGAUCCAUAAUAAAAACCGUAAUCAACAUCGA